AUGUCCGUCAUCGUCAUCGUGGCUGUCGCCGCGCAGUUUGUCGUUCGAGAACUCAAAGCAGAGACGCAGUUCAUCGCAAACAUCACGGAAGGUAAUGAGGUCACUGCCACUAACUUGGAAGCUUGCGGCAAAGGCACCCGGAUCCUCUUCUUCGCCGAUAGUGAAGUGUCAAUACAUUCCAAGCGACAGCCCGCAUUGACGACGUCACCGCCGCGCUCGUCAUAA